AAGCCCAAACAUACAAAAAGUCCAAGCCCUCUUUUCUCAGGUGACUUCUGAAACCAAAGCGACCGUGUAGAGAAAGCAACCACAGGAACACACAGUAAAAACCACCACCACCGGUCACCGGAAUUUCACGGUUGUUCUUCGACGGAACUUCACCGGAGAAGGUAAUUGAUUCAGAAUACAGUAUUAUAUGCUUCUUCAGUUUAUGAGUGUGAUGGUACUGGUGUGUUGUGUUGAAUGUUGAUUGAUGGCUGGAAAUGCUGCGUUUGAGUCGGCUUCGACUAGUUCUUCUGAGCAGGUGUUUUCCGCAACUUAUAUGAAUGGGCAGAGGGGGGGUAGUGUGGACAGGUCUGGGAGUUAUAGAGAGGGUUCUGAGAGCAGGAUGCUCGGUUCGGGGUUUGCGGUGCCACCGGCACCGCUGCGCGGUGGAAGUAGUUCAGUGGUAGCGUCGGAUGAUAUCCACACCUUGUUACAGAGUAUAUCGUUGGAGCCGAUUGUGGUUCGGCACCAAGUUGAAUGGUAUGAUGAGUUAAGAAGGGUUUUGGGGGUUUCUGUUGGAAGCACUACAGAAGAGAAUUCUUACAAGAAGCCCAUCUCUCCAAUGGCGGAUUUGAAGGAUCUAAAGCGUUUCAGAUUGAGUGUUGAGGAUGCUUGUGUCAAAGCUAGGGUCAGAGCAAAUAGGAUUGAUGAACGCUUGCGUAAAUUGGAUAAGUAUUAUGAAGAUAUAACCUCAAAGAAACAAAAGAGGAAUGAUUUAACGAGUAUUGACAGAUCAGGUGCUUUGAACCUGAAGAUGGGUGCCCAAAUCUACAGUAUGAAUCAGCGAGUAGAAGAUCGACCUAAGAACAUUCUUCUCAACAAGCGUGUUAGAACUUCUGUGGCUGAAUCCCGUGCAAAAGAUGGAAACUUGCACGACGAUAAUGCUGGAGAAUCUGUGUUUGAAAAGAUUCGCAGGCUGGCUGCAGGAGGUGAAGGGUGGGAUAAAAAAGGCAAAAGAAAACGGUCAACUGGCCCGGUUUCUACUAGACCUAUAGACGAUGAUGGAGUGCCUAAAAGAGCUGUACAAAACAAGGUGGUUGUUGAAAACGGUUCACAACCACGUGAUGCUCACAUCUACAGGUUAAAUACGCGUGAUGACUCCGUAAACAGCCGCAAACGUCCUAUAUCGUUAGGUUCAUCGUCUCCUCCAAUGGCAGCUCAAUGGGUUGGUCAGAGACCUCAGAAAAUGGCUCGAGCCAGGAGACCAUUUCUGGUGUCUCUUGUCUCAAAUCAAGAUGAGAAAAGGAUAUCUUUUGAGAGCUGUUCACCUCUUGAUAGCUCACCUAUUUCCAAACUUGCAGCCAACGGUCCCAAGAAGUUGAAUGUUAAGCUUGAAAGUCAUGAAUCUGUUGGUGCUCAAACCCGAUUAACUGACAAAGAAGUUGUGUGUAGCGUAACGAAUGCAACUGAAUAUAAGCACAACCCUCUUAUCAGUUCAGCCGCUCCAAGGCCCUAUCAAAGUCGUAAGAUGGGUUGUAAGAAGAACGGAAGUAAGCCCGGACGUAGGUUGAAAAAGCUUUCAGACCGUAAGGGGUUUUCCCAUCAUUCUCCGUUGCCAAACGUUAGCUCUCCUGAUUGUCCAGGGGCAUCUGAUGAUGAUCGGGAAGAAUUGUUAGCAGCUGCAAAUCAUGCUCGUACUGCUACCUAUUUAGCAUGUUCAAGUCCAUUCUGGAAGAAAAUGGAACCGGUGUUCGCGCAUGUUGAUUCUGACGAUAAAUCCUUUAUAUCCCAGCAGGUGGAUUCCGUCUCUGAUCCACUUUCUGAAAACGGAUCUUUCUCUAGGAAACAUGACGUGGAUAGACCAUCUAACGAGUCGAUACCGUUGUUCCAAAGAGUAUUAUCAGCACUUAUGAUAGAAGAGGACGUCAAUACCCAUGAAGGAGAUGCAGGAAACAUGCAAUUUCCGAACCCUAUCUGCGCUUCAACAUAUGAUACACAUAACCUUAACGAUUCUACGUAUGAAAACGCGGGUGUAGUUGACAAACUUCUACUGGAGCUCAAGAGCAUCGGCUUGUGUCCAGAGAUGCUGCCUGUCUUGGAAGACGACGAAAACGACAUGAUUCAGGACGAAAUUGAUAAACUGAACACAAGACUUCAUCAACAGGAGGUUAAAAAGAAGGCAUACCUGGAGAAAAUAAAUAAUAAUAUCGAUAGCAAUUCUAGAGCGCGAGACCUCGAAACACGUGCCAUGGAUAGAUUGGUUGAACAGGCAUACCGAAAACUUUUGUCUACUAGAAGAAGCUCAAGAUCUGGGGUGCAAAAGGUGCCGAAACAAGCCGCGUUGGCUUUCGGAAAGAGGACUCUUGCUCGAUGUCAUAAGUUCGAAAUUUCGGGUACGAGUUGCUUCAACGAGCCUCCAUUUCACGAUAUCCUUUCAGCAAAGCUCUCACCAGAUGAAGCUUUCGCCAUAAACGGGCCAUUAUCAAACAGAGGCAAAAAGAAAGAAGUAUCGCUCGAUGACAUCAGCACCACCAGGAAACAAAAAGCAAAACCAAGACAAAAGACGGGUCAAAGUCGAAGUCAAAGUCAAACACCGACACCCAAGAACAGAUCCGACAAUAAACACACGGGGACCACACAUCCUACGGGCCCUUCAUGGCUAUCAACAUCAAACAGAAACAAUAACAUGGUUAAUGAUUUAGACCCGUUGGAAGAAAUGGGGGUCGGAACUGAUCUUGGGGUUCCGCAUGAUCUCAAUUCUUUUCUCAACUUUGAUGAACAAGAUCCAGAGGUGGAUUUUACAGCCGGACUUGAUAUACCAAUGGACGAUCUUACAGAAUUGUUUUGAUUUUGGUCGACAAAUCAAGUGUACAUUUGUGUCGAUCAUUCUAUUCGGAGCGCGCUCUGCAUUAUUAAUAAGUUUAUUAUUAUAACCGUGGCGAUUAUUUACAGAGAAAUAGUAAAUGGUACAUUAUACAAGAGAGGACAGAUAUGGUAUAAUUAUAGAGAAAGUGGUUUGUAGGUGAUAUCAUUGAACUCACAACUUUUUGUAACCUGAAGGUAUUAUUUAUCAUAUAUAAUAUAAAACUGUUUCUUUGAUCUGGA